CAUGCACAUGCACGUGUGAGCAACAACCAUUUUUGCGGGAGUUGGCGCCCUGAGCAGAGCUGCGUCUGGACCUCAGCAGCGAAGAGGCUGAGAAGCGGCAGAGUGCAGGAGUAAGCCUCCAGACAAGUUGGGGGCAUCCCUGAGCAGGUUUAGGGCCUGUGCCAGGUCUGCCCCUCUGUGCCUGGGUCCUGCCCUACGGGGAACUUGCCUCUUCCAACAGUUCUUCACACAGUAGGUGACCUCUGACCUCCACCCUCGCCCCUGGAGAAGGAUGAACACCUUACUGAAGAUCCCAGGCGUCAUCCAAGUGCUAGAUAGGAUCGUGGUGGGCUACCAUCCCACAGGCCGCCUACACAAAGCUGCCAGGGAUGGCGACUUGGAGGAAGUGAGGCGUCUCCUUGUUGGAGGGAGCUGUCAUGUCAAUGACAUAGAUAAGAAGAACAGGACCCCUCUACAUUAUGCAUGUGCCUAUGGCCAGACAGAAGUGGUGGAUUUUCUAGUAAAGAACAAAUGCGACAUUCACCUCUGUGACAGUGACAACAACACACCUCUGGUUAAGGCCAUCCAACAGCAAGAAGAAGAAUGUGCAACUAUUCUUCUAGAAAAUGGUGCCGAUGUAAAUGUUCAGGAUCCCAAUGGUGGAACUCCUCUCCACCAUGCUGUCUGUACUAACAACACAUCAGUGGCAGCAAAACUGCUUUUACAUAAGGCAAAUAUUGAAGCUCAAAACAAGGAUGGCUGCACCCCACUUUUACUUGCCCUAAAGGAAAACAAACACCGUAUGGCAGAAUUUUUAAUUAAGGCAAAAGCAAAUAUACAUGCGGUUGACAUGAGAGGAAGAACAGCCCUCAUGCUUGCAGUGAGGUAUGAAUCACCAGAUAUAACCAAUCUUCUUAUUGAAGGAGGUAUUGAUGUCUCUGUGGAAGAUGUGGAUGGAGGGACUGCAUUAUGUUAUUCUGUAGCUAGUGGCUGCAAUAUCCUAUGAUGCAGUGGAAAAUGCCUUAACUGCAGAGGAAAAUGCCUUAACUGCAGAUACUUGGGCCUGGGGCAGGAGGAUCACUUGAGCCCAGGAGUUCAAGACCAGCCUUCGCACCACCAUGGUGAAACCUCAGCUCAAAAACAAUACAAAAUGAAAACAUAAAACCAUACAAAUAACUAUA